AUGAACAUCGCUUUCAACUAUGCCUUCCGUCAGGCCAUCAGAAAUCCAAGGGUGGAGAGACCAUGUAAAAGCGGUAAAGGUAAUAAGCGUGGAGGAACCUUCAGAAAGACUCGAAAUUGUAAUCGUCAUCUGCGCAAGAAUCAUCGUACCGGUGUGAGACGGUAUGAAUGCAGUCAGUGUGGAAAACUCUUCACCCAUUCCUCAUCCCUGAUGAGGCACCGAAGAGCUCACUCUGGACAAAAAUUAUAUACAUGUAAGGCAUGUGGGAAAGCCUUCAGUCGCCCUUCCUACCUACAGAUGCAUGAGAAGACCCACAGUGGAGAGAAGCCCUAUGCCUGUCAAUCUUGCGGGAAGACGUUUCUUCGUUCUCACUCUCUCGCCGAACACGUGAGGACUCACACUGGAGAGAAGCCCUAUGAAUGUGGGCAGUGUGGGAGAGGCUUCAGUUGUCCCAAAUCCUUUCGGGCGCAUGUGAUGAUGCACACUGGGGGGAAGCCGUAUGAGUGCAAGCACUGUGGGAAAGCCUUCAGGUGUCAGAAAUCCUUUCGAGUCCAUACGAUCAUGCACGCUGGAGCGAAACCCUACGAGUGCAAGCAGUGUGGGAAAGCCUACUGCUGGGCAACAUCCUUUCAGCGACACAUGCAAUGGUACAACCAUAAAAGCACGGGAUUGUGUCCCUACUGCAUCACUGAAAACUACCGUGACCUAGUGUUCUUCAUGAGAUAA